AUGAAGACCACGACCUUGCUGGUUACGUCUGUAGCCGCCGUGAUGGCGUCGGGAGCCGUCGCAGAUAGGGUUCUCAGUAGCGCUCUGUUUGAGGCGCAAAAGCAAGCCGAAGCACUCGUCACCGAGAUCAAAUCGGCAUUCGCGGACGAACUCCGUGAAAGGACGAUUGAGCUGCGCAAGCGGGGACAGGAACCAGCUUGCACACCGGAUAAACUUGUCACUCGCCGGGAAUAUGGUACACUCUCCAGGCAGGAGAAGCUCGACUACAUCAACGCGGUCAAAUGUCUGCAAUCAUUGCCGGCACGCACUCCGGCCAAUGUCUCGUCAGGAGCCAAAUCUCGGUUCGAUGAUUUCGUCGUCACUCAUAUCCAGCAGACCAUGACCAUCCACUACACUGGCAACUUCAUGCCGUGGCACCGAUGGUUUGUGUGGUCGUACGAGAAUGCGCUGCGAGAGGAAUGCAACUACACCGGAUACCAACCAUAUUGGGACUGGGCACGAUACGCGGAGGCGCCCCAGGAUUCGCCGCUCUUCGACGGGAGCGAUACGAGUCUUGGGGGUAACGGGGACUACAUCCCGCACAAGGGACCCGUCAUUAGUCCUCCUCCAGGAGUCGGCGGUGGUGAUAUUCAGCUUCCCGCCGGGGUAGGUGGUAGUUUCGUGACCACUGGCGCAUUCGCCAACAUGACGGUCAACCUUGGCCCAGUGGGUGGUUUACUAGGCGUCGAGCCUGGCCCAGACGGGGGCCUUGGGUACAACCCAAGAAGACUGAAGCGGGACCUGGGAGGAGCGAUGAACAUGCGAUAUGCCAACUGGACAACAAUGAACACACCCGACUUCGAUGCAUACCGCCAUGUGUCCGAGGGAGUUCCCUACACGGCCGAGAUUGGCCCGCAUGGAGGCAUCCACUAUACUAUUGGCGGCGACCCUGGAGGAGACCUCUUCACCUCGCCGGCAGAUCCUGCAUUUUGGGUACAUCACGGCCAAAUGGACCGGAUGUGGACAUACUGGCAAGCGCUGGACCCGGCCACAAGGAAAGCGGAGAUCAAGGCUGGCAAUUACGGCCAUAUCACCUGGGCAAACGACCCGCCUUCCCGAGAGACGAGUCUAAGUGACGUGAUCGACAUGGGUUACGCCGCUCCUUCCAUCACCAUUGGGGAGGUUAUGGAUACCACAUCGGGUCCCUUUUGUUACUUUUACCUCUGA